AUGUCUCGCCAACCUUCUCAGGCCCAAAGGCCAUUGUCUCUAACCGAGGAGCUCGAGAAAUUGGAGCAGUCCAUCACCCUAACACUUCAAGAAAUCGACCAGAAUUUCAGUCAAGCUCAUCGGAUAGUUACCACGAGUAUAUUACCGCUGGUAGAGCAAUAUACGGAGCAUUCCCGAGAUGUCUGGGAGGGUUCCAAGUUCUGGAAACAAUUCUUCGAAGCGAGCGCCAAUGUAUCUCUAUCCGGAUACGAAGAACGAAACAACGAGGAAGAAACCCUGCAGGAUCCGACAGCCACGGACGACGAGCUAUCCGCAGAUGUGACCCAAAGUACCACCCUCGACGAGACCAUGUCUCACGAGACACCCUCUUCCGAACGUCACGAAACGCCCCACCGGGACCAAGCAGAUGACCUAGAUCUGACAGAACUUGCAAUCUCCUCACACAGCACACCGCGUGCGCCGGGACAGCAUCAGCAGGCCGACAACGACAUGACAGGCUCGAUGGAGGAGUAUUCCUCCUCCUACGAGAACCUGAGAAAAGAAGUCUACGAAUCCGCACCCCCAUUCGACAUGCCAGACUCCUCGACACUCCCAUCCACGCCAGGCCGGCAGUCUUUCUUCCCGCGCGGCGUCUCCGCCACAACUCCCAUGUCCUCUCCAUUCCUACCGCCCGCAUCCCAACCAGCCACCCUAGACCGUCGAUACCAAAAGACCUCCGAUCCGGUACUGCACCAAAUGCUCGACAAGACGUAUCGGGUGCAAGCGACGCCACUGGGGAAGGGCUUUCGCAACGUUGGAGGGACCAACACUCGAUCAAAGUUCAACAUCACCCCGAAACCAGCCGAGCCAACCUCCAGGUAUGCAUUCGACGACUCUCCGAUCUCCAGUCCGGAGCCAGAGGCACCAAAACUUCACACCGAGGUUUUCUCUUCACCUAUUCGCGGCGUCGAUGCUACCCCUGGCACGCACCGCAAGCGACGGACUAGCAGCAAUCGCAUGCGCGACGUUCCCAGGCCUGGCAUGAGUGUUUUGACACCUGCUAGAAAGACUGCGGGCAAGUCAGCCAUGUGGGAAAGCGACGACGAUUUGGACUACGAUGACGACGAGUUUGGCCCGAGUCCCCCGAAGACAAUGCAAUUCCACAUUCCGCAGAGCCGGCUGAUGAGGACACCAGCGAGAGAAGCCUCCAAACGCAUUGUAACCGAUUUGCUGGCUACUGCUGGGGCUGGAGAGAUUACGGAUGAGUUUGACGAUGAGCAAAGUCCAAGUGUUAUCCGCCGUAUGGAGCGACUGGAAGAUGAGACCUUCUAA